UUUUUUUUUUUUCUUUUUGUUCUUCCCCGGAUGAAGGGGUAGAACACUUUUCAAAAUGACAACCAAGAACCAACUCUCACCAUGGGAGGCCAUGGCCUCAGGCACCACAGACGGCAUCUUAGCGAAUGUGAUUGUGUGUCCACUGGACAAGUGAGUAUCAAUGCUCUCUUUUCCCGUCCCCGAAUUCAUCGCGUUCUAAUUACCCCAGAGACUAUUUUUAAAUAUCUUCUAGCAUCAAUCAAAACAAAACUACAAGUCCAAGUCCAACACCGCCAAAGAACCACUCGAAGCGAGGAAAAGGGCGAACCGAACGGUCCACCCCUCUCCCCACCAAGCUAUGACUCUUUUAUCUCAGCCGUAACCCACAUUAUCCAGAAAGAGGGGCUCCCCGGCCUCUACCGUGGCUUGAGCAGCUCCAUCCUCAACACCGCCUUCAUGAACUUCGCCUACUUUUACUGGUCGACCCAUGCGCGGACUGCAUACCAGAGGUUCUUCCGGGGAUUUCAUAACCCCGGGGAGACCAAUAUUGUGACGGAACUGCUUCUCAGAGCGAUAGGGAGCGCAAUGGCGCAACGGUGAACAAAUCCCAUUGCCGUCAUUGUGACCAGACAAUAGACCCGCCGCGCGAGCGACGAUGCCAAGUCGAUGGUCGCGGAGCUGCGCGAGAUUGUUUGCAUCGAGGACGGCUGGACGGGACUGUGGCGCGGGUGAGA